UUCUUUCUCCAUCACCCAAUUCCUUCUACAUUCUUUUCCAUUCCUUAUUCUCAAUGGCCGGUCAAGUUCCUCGUCCAUGGUUCCGUUUGGGCUCUAUGACCCGACCAACAACCGCCACAACCACCGCUCCAGUCACCGACCAACCGCGACCUGUCCCCCCUCGGAUCCGCCCGCCCUUAAUCCGAACCUCCUCCUUGACGGAGCUUGCAGAACCCACCACCCCCCAGCAAUCUGCCAAAUCGCCGCCGCAGUUACCUCGCCUAGCCCCACUAACCCCUCAGCCGAAAAAGGAAGCGUCGCCACCGCCACCGCCCCCGCCUUUGACCCGACCUGUUGUUACGUCCACUGCAGCGCCAAAACCCAGUAGCCCCAAGGGAAAAAGUCAUUCGCUUGGAGGGUCUCCGCCGCGCAAUGGCUCGUUUGAUAAAGAAAGUAAUAAACAUCCCACCCCAGCUCCGUCUCCUUCUAUUCCCAAGUCUAUUCCGGCCGUUCCAUCGCCUUAUCAGUCGCCGAAGCCGAAGCCUAAAGCCACCGCUUCGCCCCCGUCGCCGCUUGUUUUACCACCGCCGCAGUUGCAGUUUGUCGCCGAGCCUAGACCUGAGACCAUUCCUCAAGAGGUAGAACGAAAGACGGUUGUUUUCCAAAAAGUGAUGGAGAAGCCUUCACCGCCCGAUCACGAUAUCAAUAACUACAAUUCCCAAGCAUCUGGAUUUGGCAAAAAUGGGAAGAAACAUGAUGACAAUCAAGACAAGGGAAAUGGAGCCAAGAAACCGUUCGUGUCGUCCGGUGAUAAAGACUCGAGCACAAGAGUUAUAACAAUGGCAGGAGAAAACAGAGGAGCUUCCAUGGAAGUAGUUCUCUCAGACAAAAACAACAACAGCCGCCAUCUUCAAAUAAAUCAAAGCGACAACGGAGACACCACCAACGAUUCUAAAGACAACAAAAGUAACAAGAAAUCAACGGCGUGUCGAAGUGCAUGGCCAAUGAAAGCUUUCUUUAACAGCAAUGUUCAAGGGAUUAACAAUUCAAUUCUGAUGGACUCCAAAUUCACCCACCACGACCCUGGGAUUCAUCUUGUCUUCUCCAAGAUGCCGCCGCCAUCUGCCCAUCAGGAAGACGGCGGACAAUAACCAAGUUGUCUUUGUUUCCUUUGAUUUGUGUCUCUAAGUUCACUAUCAUCUGUGUUUAUUUCUUUAAUUUUAUCCAUAUGUUUCUUUGACAGAAUAAAAUAUGGGAGUUAAUUGGGUGUUAUAGGGUGAAAAUUCUGGUUUGUUAAAGUCUAGAGUAAGGCAUAUUUAAUAAAAUGUUAUGACUUUUGUUCAU